GCUGGGUCCAGAGCCGCGUGCGGAGUUUUCGGGCAUGCCCCGCUGCUAGCUGGCUUUGAUCCUGAAAGCCAUGCAGCGUCCAGAGACUGCUGCUCCUUUGAAACGUACGAUAGAAGCCCUGAUGGACAGAGGGGCGAUAGCGAGAAACCUGGAAAACCUGGGGAAGCGAGCACUUCCUUAUAAGAUCUUUGCCCACAGCCAGCAGCACAGCAGAGGAGGGUAUUUCUUGGUGGAUUUUUAUGCACCACCACCAACUGUUGAAAGCAUAAUGGAGUACUUGUCUCGAGACAUUGAUGUGAUUAGACCAAAUGUUGUAAAACUCCCUCUGACUCAGGAAGUAAAAGAAUGUGAAGGGAUUGUCCCGGUCACACUUGAAGAAAGACUAUUCCACGAAGAACAGGAAGUGAGAAGAGUCACCAGAUUUUAGCCGUAUAUUUAAUUCUCUCAUUUUUGAGCACCAUGGAUUAAUAAUUUACAAGCUUGACCUUUAUACAAGAGCGUGUUACAGGCGCCAUUUGAUUUUUUUAAAGGUAUUUUUAGCUCUUGAUUCUCUUUGCUGUGAGAGGUGGGGGAAUGGCUUGCUUAGAGCCACUUUGUGAUCUGGGGUACCAGCACACCGGUCUUGAUUUUGUUUCAUUAGUGUAAUUUCUUUGUCAGUGAGGACUUUUGGCCCUACAGCAACACUAACACCAUCUUGAAGAGGAAAAC